AUAAUUUUGACGUUUGGAGAUUCCAUUUCCUGCUUCUCCGAUAUAAGGAAACUUCCAGAAUGAGCAAGUACUAUAGGGUCUGUGGACGUGCAACUCUUGCAUACUUUUGGAUUGUAGUAAAAUGGAGUCCGGAGACCGAAUGUCGUUAGAGAAAGAAGGGCACGAAGGAGCGUCGUAUACGUAUUGGGUUAGGAAAAUAACGGAUGAUGCAGCGCCUUUACCUGUGCCUCGUAAGCUAACCCCGGAAGAUGUUUCCCCUUGUGAAUCUCAAUCUCAGUCUGCCACGCUUGGCUCAGCUUGGAAUCGCGUAUCUGCCGGGACAUGGGAGGAGAAGAGUCUGAACAAUUGGGCAACUCCAAGAAUUAAGGAGUUGCUUUUAUCAGUAGGCUCUAUACAAUUCUCCCUCGGCAGAGCAGAAGUAGAAGAUGUAGCUAAAUGUGUUGGCGAUGCAUUCAUGGUGAUAGUCCGGAACAAGAAACGUGUUGGUUACACAUACGAGUUGACCUUAAAAGUCAAAGGGGAAUGGAUCAUACAAGGGGAGAAGAAGUUUGUUGGGGGUCAUAUAGACGUCCCAGAGUUCUCAUUUGGUGAACUAGAUGACUUGCAGAUGGAGGUGAGACUGAGUGAAGCACGGGAUAUCUUGCAUCAAGACAAGAUACAAAUAUGCAAUGACUUGAAGCUAUUUUUUGAGCCUGUUCGGGAGAAGUUGCUUCAAUUUGAACAGGAACUCCGUGAUAGAUGAUAGAUAGGUAGAAAAAAAGUGGUUAUUUUCGUAUUUGUGAGAAAGCAUUGCAAUUUUUGUAAUUUGAGACUGUACUUGUAUUUCUUACAAUCUCUUCCGAACUAAAGUUGUGUUUAUUUCUAGAUCAGAUCUACAAAUAUAGAUGUUCUCUGAGUUAAAUUCUAACGUGAGACCCAGGCAUUUCAUUUAUUGCUAAUGAAUCUCAAUUGGAUUUUUCU